AUGGAGCAUUCGAGCUCCGACAAGCUCGUCCGCGGACAAAAUUUGAUGCAGAUUGCAAUGAAGAGGCUCCAAAAGGAGUUCUAUCAGGUUCUCUUCAUGAACCGAGCUCAUUUUGAUCCUGAAUUUCGUCUCCCGUACCUCGACUCAGUCCAGCAAAUUGAUUACGACGUUGAGGACGAAACCAGGGCCGCUGGCGAUUCCAUAGCCGAAGUUGAAGAUGCGUCGAGCAUUGCGAUGACGGAUUUGAGAUUGAUUGCCGAAAAAGGCAUGUGGACGAUUUUCUGUCCACCCAAGCGUUCCUCGACGCCAUCCGCCACUGAUUCUCGAGUUUCUUCGUCAUUGAGGCGGAGUUUUUUGGAUUCCGUUAUGCACCGGACGCUCGAGGUAUUCGGGCCGCCGAUCUCGGAAUGGGACCCGGAAGGGUCUAACUUCGCAAAGGUCACUUCGUUGAUCUACGAGAACCGCAGAGAAGCAAAAGGGUUCAUCAAGUGUGUGUAUAAUUUGCAGAAAGCGAUGCAGUUUCUGGAGAUGGAGCAUUCGAGCUUCGACAAACUCGUCCGUGGACAAAACCUUAUGCACAUUGCAAUGAAGAGAUUCCAGAAGGAGUUCUAUCAGGUUCUCUCCAUGAACCGAGCUCAGUUUGAUCUUGAAUCCGUUUCCCGUGCCUCGACUCAGUCUAGCCAGUCUGAUUACGACGUUGACGACGAGGAGGAUGAAAUCAGGGCCGCUGGCGAUUGCAUAGCCGAAGUUGAAGAUUCGUCGAGCAUUGCGAUGACGGAUUUGAGAUUGAUUGCCGAGUGCAUGAUCUCAUCUGGAUACGCCAAUGAGUGCUUGAAAAUCUACAAAGUAAUUCGGAAAUCAAUCAUAGACGAAGGAUUACACAAGCUCGGAGUCGAGAAAAUGAGCUCUUCGCAGGUCCGGCAGAUGGAUCCGGAAGUUCUAGACCUGAAGAUUAAGAGCUUGCUCGGUGCUGUAGAUGUUUCCAUGAAGACAUUGUUCAAUGGAGAGAGAAUUCUGUGCGAUCACGUCUUUGCUUCCUCCUCCGAUUCGAUUCCAGAAUUAAUUUUUACUGAGAUUUCAAAAAAAAAAAUCUCACUUCUUAUGACUUUUUUAUAUUAG